AUGAGACCCUGGAGAAGAAAGAAGGUGAGUGAGCAGAGGGAGUGGUUCUUGAAAAACGGCAGCACUUUCCUACAAGAACUCAUCGCAGAUUCCAACGGUAUUUCAAACCCGAUCCGGUUCUUCUCUUCGGAUCAAAUCCUCAAGGCCACGGAUCGAUUCCAUCCAAACUGCUUUAUCUCUCGUCACAGAUUCUUCACCUGGUACAAGGGCGUCAUCGAAGACCGACCUUACGCCAUCAAGAAAUUCACAGACUCAUGGUUUUCAGAAGAGAGUGAGCGAGAGGUUUACAACGACAUCGUUUUAUCUGCUCGGGUAAGCAACCAUAGUAGCUUUCUCAAACUUUUAGGAUGCUCUCUCGAGUUUCCACUUCCGGUUAUUGUAUUCGAAUACCCAGAGAAUGGAGUUUUGAACGAGCAAGGAGCUUGCGAGGACGGCACGUUAUUGCCUUGGAAUGUUAGACUGAAGAUUGCCAAGGAGGUGGCGGUUGCAGUGACUUAUCUCCACACGGCUUUCCCUAGGAUUAUUAUUCACAGAGAUAUCAAGCCGACUAAUGUUUUCUUGGAUAAGAACUGGAAUGCUAAGCUGACUGAUUUCACGUUUUCGGUAUCACUCCCUGUGGGGAAGUCCUGGAUUAAGGAUAAAGUGGUGGGAACUUUCGGUUACAUAGAUCCGGUUUACUUCUCCAGGGGUUUAGUGACAGAGUACACAGAUGUGUUCAGUUUUGGAAUCUUUAUGUUGGCUCUUUUGUUGGGAAGAGCGGCUGUUUUUGCUGGAUCAAAUGGGUAUCAUUGUAAUAUUCUUGAUUAUGUGAAGGAUCUGCAGGAGAGAGGAGAACCUCUUGAAUUCGUGGGUGGUGUGAACGAUAUGAUGCCUGGUCAGAUGAAUAUGUUUCUCGAUUUGGCACUGAGAUGCUGCCAGGGGAGGAGUGAAGACAGGCCAAAGAUGAUUUUGGUGGCAAAAGAGAUUAAGAUAAUAGAAAAAGGAUCCCAUGAUUGUUCUGAGGAUGAUCAAAUUUAA